CAAGUUACAAAUAAUUAUGGAAAUUUUGGAUAUAGCGGUCAUUAAUUUCGGGAGAUGCUCUUCCAUAUAAAAGAAUCCCCAACGCCUCGCGGUCGAUUCACUUCUCUCUCCCCCGUACUCUUCGCUUGAUCUGGAUUCUGCCGAAUUCCCAGUUUUGGGAGCUUCAAGAUUUGCAUUCCAGGUGUUGUUGGGGAUCAUUUGUUUUCCCAAAUUUUCGUUUUCUUCAUCAGCAUCUGUUGGUGGAAUUUGAGAGGAACAGGAUGGUUGUACUUGCGGCAUCCAUUAUAAGUAAAUCCGGCAAAGCACUUGUUUCGAGGCAGUUUGUUGACAUGUCUCGCAUACGAAUUGAGGGAUACCUUGCAGCUUUCCCCAAAUUGGUUGGAACUGGGAAGCAACAUACUUAUGUUGAGACUGAGAAUGUCCGAUAUGUAUAUCAGCCGAUAGAGUCCCUGUUCUUGCUCCUUGUUACGAAUAAGCAAAGCAACAUUCUUGAGGAUUUGGAUACGUUGAGGCUACUCUCAAGACUAGUGCCUGAAUACUCUUAUUCCCUAGAUGAAGAGGGCAUUGGCAAGUCAGCUUUUGAGAUUCUUUUUGCAUUUGAUGAAGUCAUCUCACUUGGGCACAAGGAAAAUGUCACAGUUGCUCAAGUCAAACAGUACUGUGAGAUGGAAAGUCAUGAAGAGAAAUUGCACAAGCUGGUCCUACAGAGCAAGAUCAAUGAAACCAAGGAAGCCAUGAUUCGAAAGGCUAGUGAGAUUGACAAAAGCAAGAUUGAGAAGAAUAGGGGUGAGAAGGGAGGAUUUAUGUCUUUGCAGUCCAUGGGUUCCGGAACUGGCUUUGGCAGUGAAACCAGCAUAUCUAGUAGUGGUGGUGGUUUUGGAAGUGGUUCUGGCCCAGUAUUUGAAGCAGAAUCCUUCUCCUCUAAGCCCAAAGGUCGCCCGGCAGCAUCUGCUUCAGCUCCACCCAAAGGUCUUGGUAUGCAGCUAGGGAAAACACAAAAGACCAACCAAUUUUUGGAAUCCCUCAAAGCUGAAGGUGAAGUGAUUGUGGAAGAUGUGAGACCCAGUAUUGGUAAUUCCAAAGCAGCUGCUCCACCACCAAGUGAUCCUGUUACAUUGACCGUUGAAGAGAAGCUGAAUGUAACAUUAAAACAGGAUGGUGGUAUUGGUAACUUUGAUUUGCAGGGUUCUUUGUCGCUUCAAAUACUUAACCAAGAUGAUGGAUUCAUCCAAGUUCAGAUUGAAACUAGCGGGAAUCCAGGAAUUCUAUUUAAGACACACCCCAAUAUUAGCAAGGAAUUGUUUUCUGGUGAAAAUAUCUUGGGUCUCAAGGAUCCAAAUCGUCCCUUCCCCACUGGCCAGGCUGGUGAUGGCAUAAGUUUGUUGAAGUGGAGGAUGCAAAGUGCUGAUGAGUCACUUGUGCCAUUGUCGAUUAACUGCUGGCCUUCUGUUUCUGGGAAUGAAACCUAUGUGAAUUUGGAGUAUGAAGCUUCAUCAGUGUUUGAUCUACAUAAUGUUGUAAUUUCAAUGCCUCUUCCGGCCCUUAGAGAGGCACCACGAGUACAACAGAUAGAUGGGGAAUGGAGGUAUGAUUCCAGAAAGUCAGUCUUGGAGUGGUCGAUUGUACUCAUUGACAACUCAAAUCGCAGUGGAUCAAUGGAAUUCGUUAUUCCUGCAGUAGAUACAUCAGAACUUUUCCCAAUUUCUGUGGCCUUUACUUCCACAAGCACUUUCAGUAAUCUAAAGGUGGCUAAUAUUUUGCCGGUGAGAGGAGGUAAUCCACCCAAGUUUUCACAAAGAACGUCGCUGUCCACUGAGAAUUACCAAGUUGUUUGAUUUUUUUUGUGAUCGAGACCCCAUUAUAAUGUUGUACUACUCAAAUUCAAAUUGAGAACUUAUUUUCCUUCCUUUUUACCUUCAUUUCUUUCUUCCUUUCCCAUUGUAUCUCUUACAUUACAAACCUUAGGUUUUAGUCAUGCUGGUCUCCAGUUGUUUCAAAGUGGAGCUUAGGUGACAUUUCUUGCCAUGACUGUUUACAUAUGAAGGAAUUAAGAGGACGGUUUUGUA